AAAGAUGGCAGCUUCCUUUUGUAAAUAGGGAUUUGCUGUUCUUCGACGGGGCUUUUAAAGACUUUCCCCAGUUGAUACACGGACCUCCAACGCACACUCGGGGUUCUUAGAAUCACGUAGAACAGGAGAAGAUGGAGAAAAGCGGGAGCGUCGACAGUUUGGGCUCGAAACGCUCCUCUUCUCGACAGCCAAGUGUUGAUUCAUUGUCCAGUACUUCCACUUCCCGCUCUGACCGCUCUGCCCCCACCAAGCCACCCUCCGCCAUGUCCUCGGAUUCUGUGGCCACCUCUGCAGAGCUCUCACCAGAGAUGAGGGUUAAGCCCAAAGCUUCUGCAAAGAAGGUGUUCAGAGAAUCAGACAAAGAGGAACCACAGCUACUACCGAAUGAAACUGUGCAAGACAUGGCCCAAGAUGUCACCUACUUCUGUCCUUUCAUUGGCGCACUGAGAGGAACAGUGACCGUUACCAACUACAGACUUUUUUUCAGAUGCAUGGACAGGGAGCCAGCAUUUGUCUUGGACCUUCCACUUGGUGUGGUGAGUCGUGUGGAAAAAAUUGGAAGUGCUUCAACCCGGGGGGACUUAUCCUAUGGGCUGGUUUGUAAGGAUAUGCGUAAUCUGCGAUUUGCACACAAGCAAAUGGAUGACACACUGAGGAAGUCCAUUUUCGAAGUACUGAUGAAAUUUGCAUUUCCUGUUUCCAAUGGACUGCAAAUCUUUGCCUUUGAAUACGGGCAGGUCUUCCCUGAAAAUGGAUGGAAAGUGUAUGAUGCCAUCUCUGAAUACAAAAGACUGGGUAUACCUAAUGAAAGCUGGAGGAUAACAAAAGUAAAUGAUCACUACGAUGUCUGUGACACCUACCCAUCCACUCUGGCGGUGCCGGUCAACAUACCAGACGAGGAGCUGAAGAGAGUGGCUGCUUUCAGGGCAAAGGGCAGGAUCCCAGUGUUGUCAUGGAUUCAUCCAGAGAGCCAGGCGACAGUGACACGCUGCAGCCAGCCGAUGGUUGGGGUGAAUGGAAAGCGCAGCAAAGAGGAUGAGAAAUAUCUCCAGGCCAUCAUGGAUGCUAACGCUCAGUCCCAUAAACUUUUCAUUUUUGAUGCCAGGCCCAGUGUCAACGCUGCUGCCAACAAGAUGAAAGGGGGCGGAUAUGAAAGUGAGGAUGCAUAUCAAAAUGCUGAGCUGGUGUUUCUGGAUAUUCACAACAUCCAUGUGAUGAGAGAGUCUCUCCGUAAGCUGAAAGAUGUGGUCUACCCCAACAUCGAGGACUCUCAUUGGCUCUCUAACCUUGAGUCCACUCACUGGCUCGAGCACAUCAAGCUUAUCCUGGCAGGAGCGCUGAGGAUUGCAGACAAGGUGGAGUCUGGGAAAACCUCAGUGGUGGUGCACUGCAGCGAUGGUUGGGACCGCACAGCCCAGCUCACCUCGUUGGCCAUGCUCAUGUUGGAUGGUUACUACAGAACCAUCCGUGGGUUUGAGGUGCUGCUGGAGAAAGAGUGGCUCAGCUUUGGCCACCGCUUCCAACUGCGCAUUGGUCAUGGAGAUAAGAACCACACUGAUGCAGACAGAUCGCCUGUGUUUAUUCAGUUCAUUGACUGUGUAUGGCAGUUAACCCGCCAGUUUCCUGCUGCAUUUGAGUUUAAUGAAUAUUUCCUGGUAACCAUCCUGGACCACCUGUACAGCUGCCUGUUUGGGACAUUCUUGUGUAACAGUGAACAACAGAGGAUGAAGGAGGAGAUUCCAAAGAGGACAGUGUCAUUGUGGUCUUACAUAAACAGCCAGCUGGAGGAUUUCACCAAUCCUCUGUAUGUGAACUAUUCCAACCAUGUGCUGUUCCCUGUAGUCAGCUUACGUCACCUGGAGCUUUGGGUUGGCUACUACAUCCGCUGGAACCCUCGCAUGAGACCUCAGGAACCGGUUCACCAACGCUACAAGGAGCUGCUGGCAAAGCGUGCCGAGCUGCAGAAGAGAGUGGACGAGUUACAGCGAGAGGUGACCAAUCGCUCGGCCUCCUCCUCCUCUGAGAGGGCGGGCUCCCCGACACGCUCCAUCACUCCAGUGCAGACCUUUGUUUGACACCUGCUGACCCUCAUUCAGGUCGCAGAAGCUGGUUUCUACCUGUGAGGAGUUGCUGUAUAGUAGUCACAGGUCACAGCUGUGGCUGUAAAGGACCUGUUUGUGUUUUUAAGGUGACACAUUGUUGAAACACUACCAUCUAAAGCCUGAUUCAGCAGAUUACUAUAUUUGCAUCUCUCACAGGUUAUUUGGGUCUCAGACUGCUUACUACAGCCAUAUUGUUCUCUUACCCCACAGUUCAGAGGACACAUAACCAGAAUAGUGAGUACUGUUUAGCAUAUCGGGCUACCUACAAUCAGUGUUUUGAAUUACGCUAAAAUGCGGGUAAAUUAUAUAAAUGCCUUAUACACUUCAUAGGAACACUUGCUUCAUUCCUUCACAUUACAGCUGUUUUGUUUGAUUUGCAUUUGAAAGCAAUACUGCUGAAGCAAUUGUGAAAGUUUCAUUGCUUAUAUAAUAACUUACACUAGCACUAAAACUGCCUUAACGGCUCCCGAGUUGUUUGAUAUUCUAUUAUGUAGCUAAAGGGCUGUAAUGUUAGCAUUUUCUUAUGUUAAAACUAGUCCUAGAGUGCAUUAAAAUACCUGUGCUUUUAGAUUGUUAUGACCAGAUAUUUUUAUGAACACAUAAUGUGUAAUGCAUAGCAUUCCUCUCAUCGAUAGAGUAAAGUUUUUUAAGUUUAAUUUUUCUAACAAGUUACUAUAAUUUAUUAUCCUUAAGUUGAAAGCUUGUAUUUAUGGUUCACAAACACUCAGUCUCAUGUCUGAAAUUGAUCUGUUGCAUUCCCAUGCUACAUUAAUAAGCAACACAAAAUAUGCAAUAGUUCAUUUUGUUCCAUACACUAAAUGCUUGAAGACAUUUAUUAAUGAUGCUUUUUAAAGCUGUCAGCUGAUAUUGUUUUUAUGCAGCAGAAUGUCUGACUAAUAUGUAAUGAGUGUUUUUUUUUCUAGUUUAACAAAUGAUUGAAAAUCUGUUCCUUCUUCUGAACAACUUAUUAAGAGAUAAGUGUUCACAGUUUCUAUUUAAGCUUGUUACUGAAAAUGAAUGAAUAAAGAAUAAGUAAGCUUUUCAUGUUUGCACAUGAAAAUCUGAAAUAAACAUGCAGCUCAACCUAGAAGGAGUUGGUAUGGUUUUUGACAUUAAAGUGCUGUGUUCACAACAGGUUUUUUGUUUGUUUGUUUAAAUAGCACACUCUUUGACUAUCGCACUUAAAAACUGACUUUUA